ACAACGAAAUCCACUUUAAUUUGGACCAAAGAAACCCUUCUCCUCUAGAAAAAAAAAACUUCAGCAACUCAGCCCUCCCCAUCAAGAAAAGCACAAGACCCAAACACCAAAGAUAAAUAAGAAUCCCAUCAGAAUUUCAGAACUUCACCUCACACUGCAACACACCCACAGCACAGAGCAGCAGGCAGCAUAUAAAGCAGCCGGCCGUGAAGGGCCAGACACCCCCCACUAUACGUACACUCCAUAUCCAUCUAUCAUCAUCUACCGAUCUGUCUCUCUAGCUUGCACCUAGCAAGCUAAUCAACCGCGCCAGACAGUACACUUCAUAUACAUCAUCAAUUAACAAGCCUCUUUCUGAGAGCCCUCAAGAUCAGAGUGAUUAAUCAUAUUGGAGAGAUGAGAGCCGGGGUGUGCACGGUGCAGCAGGCGCUGACGGCGGAGGCUGCGGCGGUGGUGAAGCAGGCGGUGAGCCUGGCGCGGCGGCGCGGCAACGCGCAGGUGACGCCGCUGCACGUGGCGAGCGCGAUGCUCCACGCGUCCACGGGGCUCCUCCGCGCGGCGUGCCUCCGGUCGCACUCGCACCCGCUGCAGUGCAAGGCCCUGGAGCUCUGCUUCAACGUGGCGCUCAACCGCCUCCCCGCGGGCUCCCCGCUCCACGGCCACGUCUACUACCCGCCGUCCCUCUCCAACGCGCUCGUCGCCGCCUUCAAGCGCGCGCAGGCGCACCAGCGCCGGGGCGGCUCCGUCGACACCAACCAGCAGCAGCAGCCGGUGCUUGCCGUCAAGAUCGAGCUGGAGCAGCUGGUGAUCUCCAUUCUGGAUGACCCCAGUGUGAGCCGAGUCAUGCGGGAGGCGGGCUUCUCCAGCCCCCAGGUCAAGGCCAACGUGGAGCACGCCGUCGUCUCUUCCAUCGAAGGAACAAAGGGCUUAACCAACCCUAACCCUAGCAGCAGCAGCUCACCGCCGACUGAAUUCGAAAACAAACCAGCUGGCAUCGGCAAGCUCCCUGUAGUGGAACAAGUGCGAGAGGAGGACGUGGCGGCCAUCCUGGACUGCCUGGCCAGCGGCCGGAGCAAGAGGCGGGUCAUGGUCGUGGCCGAGUCGUCCUCCGCGGCCGAGGCAGCGGCAAUGGCAGCCGUGGACAGGAUCAAGGAAAAGGCCGCGCCCCCGCGCGUGAUCAGCAUCAGCGUGUCCAUGUUCCGGGACGCGCUGAGGGAGGAUGCCGAGCGGCGUCUCGGCGAACUCCGGCGCGCGGUCGCCAGGGACAGCAAGGCCGCGGCGGGCGGAAGCAGGGGCGUGGUGCUCGUGGUGGAGGACCUGAGGUGGGCCGCCGAGUUCUGGGCCGGGCGCGUGGGGAGGAGGAGCGCGAGCAGCAGCUGCUACUACUACUGCGCCGUGGAGCACGCCGUGGGCGAGGUGCGCGCCCUGGCGUGCCGCGGCGAGGGCGACGGCGUCUGGCUAGUCGCCUACGGGUCGUACCAGGCUUACAUGAGAUGCAGAGCUGGGAACCCGUCGCUGGAGAGCCUCUGGGGAAUCCAGCCGCUCGCCAUCCCCUCCGGCAGCCUCGCGCUGAGCCUCAGCUCCGCCGACGUCGACAGUGCAAUCGCACUCAGUCAUCGUCAGUCAACGUCGCCUGCUUGUCUGUCUCUUUUGGACGCGUCCUGCUCCGGCCAGCCGAUGGCGGCCGUCUCCAGCUGCUGCGGCGAUUGCUCCGCUACAAACCCCGAUGCCAUGAGAUCAGCAUCGCAUCGGUCAAUCGUGCCGUCUUCGUCCACCAAUAUCCCUCCUUGGCUUCGUCAUUGCCGCGAUCAGGAGCUUCCUCCUUGCAAGAAUUGGAGCUCAACGACAUGCGGCGGCUCGGCGUCCCAAAGGACGACACAGCUGAACUUCUCGACGGCGGUGUCGCCGUCCUCCUCCGUCUCCUCCUACGAGCAGUACUACAACAUGCACCAGCCGUACCAGCCAUGGAUUGUGGCGGACGUGCACGAGCCCUCCAAGCACUCAUGGAGAGCCAAGUGCAGCUUCGACAAUGUCCUCAUGGACGAGGCUGUGGAAGGCGUGAAGCUUCUGAGCGCAGCAGCGGUCAAGUCCAAGUCCCGCGACUCCAGCGCCUCCAACGGCGGCUCAGUGGAGGUCGGGUGCCGCUCCAGGUCGUUCAAGGAGGUGAGCGCCGAGAACCUCAAGGUGCUCUGCGGCGCGCUGGAGAAGGAGGUGCCGUGGCAGAAGGAGAUCGUGCCCGAGAUCGCCAGCACGGUUCUCCGGUGCCGCUCGGGCAUGGCCAAGAGGCGCGACGCGAUGAAGGCCAAGGAGGAGACGUGGAUGCUCUUUCUCGGAGGCGACACGGACGGCAAGUUGAGGGUGGCCAGGGAGCUCGCGGGGCUCGUCUUCGGCUCGCGCAAGAGUUUCGUGUCCAUCGACGCCGACGCGUGCUCGCCGGCACGGUCGGAUUCCUUCGUCGAGCAGAAGCACCACGGCAGCAAGAGGCAUCGGUCGGAGGCGAGCCACCUCGAGAGGCUGUUCGAGGCCGUGCGCGACAACCCGCAUCGUGUCAUCUUGAUGGAGGGCGUGGAGCGAGUCGACCGGCGCUGCCAGAUGGGCAUCAAGGAGGCCAUCGAGAGCGGCGUGGUGCGGCGGAGCCACUCCGGCGCCGGCGCCGGCGCCGACGACGAUGAUGUGGCUUCCCUCGGCGACGCCAUCGUCGUGCUCUGCUGCGACAGCUUCGACUCCAGGUCGAGGGCUUGCUCCCCGCCGACGAUGAGCAAGAAGGCCAAGGCGAAGAGCGACGAUGACGACAAGAGUAAUGAUCGUCAUGACAAUGAAGCCGCGUCUUGCUUUGAUCUCAACAUGAGUGUGGAUGAGGACCAAGAAGUGGUGGUGGACGAGUACUGCAGCUUCGGUGAUGCCGGUCUGAUCAAGGCAGUGGACAGGACAUUGUUCUUCAGAACACCGGAGGAAGUCUGAUUGGUCAGCCUUGUUUGAGAUGAUCUGAUGACCAAGUCGAAAUUGAUCGAUCGAUGUCUUUGAACUUUUUCUCCGGAUCCGGCCUUUUUAGUUUUUCUGUUUUCUUGUUUAUUACUGGGGAGAUGCAUGAGAUAAGAUUAGAUGGAAUGGUUUAAUACCCUGGCUAGCUAGCUACUAUAUAUGUAUGUUUGGUUCAGUAUGUUGGGAAAACACCUUGUAAAUUUCCUAGUGGUAAAUCUGGUGGGAGCAUGAAUUUGUUCAAGGUUACUCAAUUUUGUUUUUA